ACAGCGACUGAGAGACAGCGAACAGCGGCCACCCAGGUGCCGUACACCACCCUCACUACACCGCCACCCAGGUGCCGUACACCACCGUCACUACACCGCCACCCAGGUGCCGUACACCACCCUCACUACACCGCCACCCAGGUGCCGUACACCACCCUCACUACACCGCCACCCAGACAAACAACGGACACAAAACCUUUGACAAAAGCAGUGAUGGAAAAAAACAAAAAUGCUUCUCGUGGAACUAUCAGAAGAUCGACAGUUCAGCCUGCUGAAAGACCGAGGUCCAAGCAAGCUGGCAGAAAUCCCCAAAAUAGAAAUCUUACUGUCUCCCACAAAAGUAAGAUAAAUUCAACAAGCCUCAAGCAAGUACUACCACAAUUUUCUCCAAAUCUCUCCAACAUUUUAAGACAUCCAGAAAGCCAAGAAGAUGUUCCAGAGGAUUAUUUUGCUUACCCUUUGCACAGCACUGCGAUAUUUUCUGGUGAAUCGGAUCCCAAUGAUGAGGACAGUGAAGUGGAGAUAGCACGGCCUGCAACGCGUGAUAAGAAACAAAGAAAGCCAAUGCAGAGAGGAAUUCCACAGAGAAAAGAAUUUAAGCCUAAAUCAUGUUCUUUUAACCGCAUAUCUGAAAGCAUGGAAAUGGAGGAGAGUGAAGUGAAAACAGGAAAUACUGAAGAUGUGGAGAGUGAAAUAAAAACAGAAAAUACUCAAUAUGUGGAGAGUGAAGAGAACACAGGAAAUACUGAAGAUGUGGAGAGUGAAAUAAAAACAGAAAAUACUCAAUAUGUGGAGAGUGAAGUGAACACAGGAAAUACAAAAGAUGUGGAUACUGAAGAUGUGGAGAGUGAAGUAAACACAGGAAAUACUGAAGAUGUGGAGAGUGAAAUAAACACAGGAAAUACUGAAUAUGUCGAGAGUGAAGUGAACACAGGAAAUACUAAAGAUGUGGAUACUGAAGAUGUGGAGAGUGAAGUAAACACAGGAAAUACUGAAGAUGUGGAGAGUGAAAUAAACACAGGAAAUACUGAAUAUGUCGAGAGUGAAGUGAACACAGGAAAUACUAAAGAUGUGGAUACUGAAGAUGUGGAGAGUGAAGUAAACACAGGAAAUACUGAAGAUGUGGAGAGUGAAAUAAACACAGGAAAUACUGAAUAUGUCGAUAGUGAAGUGAACACAGGAAAUACUAAAGAUGUGGAUACUGAAGAUGUGGAAAGUGAAGUAAACACAGGAAAUACUGACGAUGUGGAGAGUGAAAUAAACACAGGAAAUACUGAAUAUGUCGAGAGUGAAGUGAACACAGGAAAUACUAAAGAUGUGGAUACUGAAGACGUGGAGAGUGAAAUAAACACAGGAAAUACUGAAGACGUGGAGAGUGAAAUAAACACAGGAAAUACUGAAGAUAUGGAAAGUGAAAUGAACACAGGAAAUACUAAAGAUGUGGAGAGUGAAAUGAACACAGGAAAUACUAAAGAUGUGGAUACUGAAGAUGUGGAGAGUGAAAUAAACACAGGAAAUACUGAAGAUGUGGAGAGUGAAAUAAACACAAAUACUGAAGAUGUGGAGAGUGAAAUAAACACAAAUACUGAAGAUGUGGAUACUGAAGAUAUGGAGAGUGAAAUAGACACAGGAAAUACUGAAGGUGUAUUUUUGAAUGAGAAAACCAAAGAUGGUGCCAAAAAGGCAUCAGGAGUGAGAAACAAAUUGAAAACAGUGCCCAGUUCACAGUUCAAUAGAGCCUCCAAACAGUUGAAGAACGUUCAGUCACGGACAGGUGCAGCAAAGAAACCUAGGGCUGGGAAAUCCACAAUCAGACAGAGGGCUGUUUCUACUGGUACCACAAAGAAGUCGUCAUUGGGUAAUUUGCAGGCGUCUAAUUCCACAAAGCAAAAACAAAAUCGCAACAAUGCAGAUGCAUCAGCCUCUCACAACAGGGUCUCCUUUCAUGGAGAGCCUUCCACGGAAAGAUCCAUAGCUUCUAAAUCCUACAGUCAGAAAAGGAAGAGAACAUCAGUUAGAAGACCUGAAUCUAGUUCGUCCCAUGAAUUGACUUCAUCUGGAUCUUCUACUCCAGAGGCUGGUCCAUCAUCUGUGAAGAUCCGCUGCCCAGAAGGCACAAAAAGAUUAGCAAAAGAUCUUACUAUACUAGAUGUAGUUCUGAAUGAGUUUCAGAUGAUUUUCACAAAAUACAAGGAGUCUGUGGAAUCAAAUCCCUGCAAAAAAGCAAUUGAUAGCUUCUAUACCAAUGUGGAAGAGCAUAUUAUGGAAACUAUUGGUACAGUUCAAGAGCUGCAGGAUUUGAAAAGAAAAGAUGCAAAGGUGACAACAACUUUCAACAAGAAGAGAAAACGCUUUCUGGAAGUUCAGAAGGAAUUAAUUGAACAAGAAGCACAACUUAAACAGUUAUGGAAGGAACAUGCUGAAUUGAGUCAAAGGAAAUCAGACUUUCAGGUUGCAACACAAUUCCUGUCUGAUUUUAAAGAAUUGCAGAUCCAGUAUUGUGAACAUAGGAAUAGAAACCCUACUGAAAAAGAAACGUAUGAUAUUUCAAGCUUUCCUGCUCUGCUGGUAGAAUCGCGAGGAAUUUUGGGAGCAGUAAAACAGCUGCAGAAUAUCAAUGCAAAAUUGCAGCAGGAACUUGACAAGAACUGAGGAGCAUUUCUAUAAUUCCAGAGCAGCUGUAUGAGCUGGGAGACUAUCUAUUCUCACCGUGGAAGCAAAGUGAUUCACUUAAAACUGAACAGUGUGUGAUUUUCAAUUUCAUACAUCUUGUCUUUGUACUUUUGUAUUGGCAAUUUUUUUUAGCUUAUUUCAGCAGCCAUGGUGGAGGGGACUGUCUGAAAGACAUGUCUGCACUAUGUACCAGUACUAGUUUAUUUAGAUGAGUUCAGCAGAACUGAAGAUAGCUUUCCCCCCCCCCCCAUUAUUUGAGGAUAAGCUUCACAUAAUUCAUAAAUUUGUCCAACAUUUUUCUCCCACACUUAUAAUGCUGAGGAAUAAUCAUCUGGUAUCUGCCCAUCACAACAAAUGCUACUGACGAACAACACGAAGAUGCUGUGCCAAAGCAGACCGCAACAAUAUCAGGUUGUGGUAACUAUAUAACAACGUAAAAAGAUCUUAAGUAAAUGAAAUUGCCUUAAUUGGAUUCAAAACAUGUUUUUUUAAGGUUUAAAAAAAAUGUUUUGCCACUUUUCAACUGCAUUUUCAGUUAGUGUAGGAUUUUCACUAAAAGUUCCAUGCAGCCAUAUGCAGUAGCAUUAAGUGUAAUAUACUGUACAU